UGAGAGCGGUUGGGUGGGAAGAGGUGACAGCGGCGGCGGCGGCGCCUCGGGCUGGACCCAAUGGAGCUGGAGAAUAUCGUGGCCAACACGGUGCUGCUCAAGGCGCGCGAGGGUGGAGGUGGGAAUCGGAAGGGCAAGAGUAAGAAAUGGCGUCAAAUGCUACAGUUCCCACAUAUCAGCCAGUGUGAAGAUCUUCGGCAUACAUUGGAGCGGGACUACCACACUUUGUGUGAUAAACUGCCGAUUGGACGACUGCUGUUCCGGCAGUUUUGUGACACACGAGUAGAACUCAUGCGUUGUGUCAAGUUCCUGGAUGCUGUGGUCGAGUAUGAAGUAGCCCCGGAUGAGAAACGGAAAGAAUGUGGGAAACACCUAAUUGAAGUAUAUUUGAAUCCUAAGAGUGUGGACCACGUCCCUGAAGUGCCCUUGGAGCUAGUGAAUCUGUGUUCUGAGCAACUGGAACAGGAACCAAGUGAAGAACUCUUCAAGGAAUCUACCAAGCUCAUCCAUGACUACCUUAGUGUGGCACCUUUCGCAGAUUAUCUUGACAGCAUUUAUUUCAACCGCUUCCUGCAGUGGAAGUAUCUGGAAAGGCGGCAUGUAACCAAGAACACUUUCCGUCAAUACCGUGUGCUGGGGAAGGGAGGCUUUGGAGAGGUUUGUGCUUGCCAGGUGCGGGCCACCGGAAAGAUGUACGCCUGCAAGAAGCUUGAGAAAAAGCGGAUAAAAAAGCGGAAAGGGGAAGCCAUGGCCUUAAAUGAGAAGCAGAUACUGGAGAAAGUGAACAGUAGGUUUGUAGUGAGUUUGGCCUAUGCCUAUGAAACAAAAGAUGCUCUCUGCUUGGUUCUGACUCUCAUGAAUGGUGGAGACUUGAAGUUUCACAUCUACCACAUGGGAGAAGCAGGAUUUGAAGAGCCACGGGCUGUUUUCUACGCAGCUGAAAUCUGCUGUGGCUUGGAAGACCUCCACCGAGAGAGGAUAGUUUACAGGGACUUGAAGCCAGAGAAUAUUCUACUGGAUGACCAUGGUCACAUCCGCAUUUCUGACCUGGGACUAGCUGUUCACGUUCCGGAAGGACAGACAAUAAAAGGCCGGGUUGGAACUGUUGGCUAUAUGGCUCCUGAAGUUGUGAAGAAUGAACGGUACACAUUCAGCCCAGAUUGGUGGGCUUUCGGAUGCCUGCUCUAUGAGAUGAUUGAGGGCCAGUCUCCAUUCCAACAGCGCAGGAAAAAGAUCAAGCGUGAAGAAGUGGAACGUCUGGUGAAGGAAGUCCAGGAAGAGUAUUCUGAGAAGUUCUCACCUGCCUCCCGCUCCCUGUGUUCCAUGCUCUUGUGCAAAGACCCCUUGGAACGGCUGGGAUGUGGAGGGUCUGGUGCUCAAGAGGUGAAAGACCACCCUCUGUUUAAACAUCUGAAUUUCAAGCGAUUGGAAGCUGGGAUGCUGGACCCACCUUUUAAACCUGAUCCCCAAGCUAUUUAUUGCAAAGAUGUCCUGGAUAUUGAGCAGUUUUCCACAGUCAAAGGGGUAGAGCUAGAACCCACGGACCACGAUUUCUAUCAUAAAUUUGCAACAGGAAGUAUCCCUAUUCCCUGGCAAAAUGAGAUGAUAGAUACAGAAUGUUUCAAGGAGCUGAAUGUUUUUGGCCCAGAUGGCAUCAUACCUCCUGAUCUGGACUGGAAAGGGCAGCAGCCUCCACUUCCCAAAAAGGGUCUGCUCCAGCGUCUCUUCAGCCGACAGGACUGUUGCGGGAACUGCAGUGAAAGUGAAGAGGAACCAACUCGCUUAUGAGCUGACUCAGAAAAGAAGGCCCUCGCUUUCAGUCGAACACAUACCACCAACCAGCAUGUGUGGAGUUCGUUGUUUCAGGGUGGCAGCAGAUUCCCACCCCAGAAGGGAAGUGUUCGAAGACCGGGCAGAAGAGGAACCUCUGCAGAAACCUUCAGCGUACCGCUAGGGAGCUGUCUGUCUUGCUACCACUCUUCCAUGAUGAGAGAGUGAUGAUGGCAGGAGUGAAUAUGGAAUAUCCCAGGGCUGGCCCUGACCCCAGUUUUUGACCUGCUCAUCUGCUGGUGUUUGUUUGUUUUUUUAAAAAUAUUUAUAUUACUAUAAAUGUGAAUGUAUGUAUAAAACAUAUGUACAUUCUUAAUGGUUGGAAAAAGGGUCCUUCUGUAUUUCUCUCUGCGCUUCCCUCUCUAGCCCAUCAUCACUGCUUCAUCUUACUGAUGAUCAGCCUACACCAGCCUUCCGCUGGACAUGAUGAUUUGAAGAUGCUAAGGUGUGGCAGGUGAAAUGAGAGAGCUGCCAUGGCUGGUACAUGUGAUCUGCAAGGACAACUGUCUCUGCACAUGUCUUCUUCUCUCUUAGCCAAACCCUCUCCCCCCCAUUACUAUUGUAAGCUGUUGACUUGGUGUGUUAUCCCAAGGCACUGUAGAAAUGAUGGCAAGUUUUAAGUUUCCCUUUGAAUGUCUCUCGUUUAGGCAGCAAUCAUUGAUUUUUCUUGGAUGACAAUCUCUGAAUUUUAUCUUGGGAAUUUGGCUUCAUGAGAAUGACAAAUUUUAGAAUUUCAAGAAUAGUCUCAUUCGCUAGUGGCAUUACACUGAUUUCUAGCUUUAUUUCUGCUGUGGAACUCCAGUAGGGAUUGAUAUAACCAAACAGAGGGCGAAAAGUGUUUAUAUCUCCUCUUCCCAGCCUUCAUGGGAAACUAAGCCCACCCUUUUUCUUCUUCUUUCUCCUUCCCAUUCUUGUAGCACAUUGUUCUCUUUCCCCUCCAGAAACCCCCCCCCCGAUCCCAUUAACUUUAGCCCUGGUCAAUUUGCAAAUUGCCCACUGUACUCAUGAUGGCAAAUACAUAUCCCUUAGCCUAGAAGCUCUCGAGCAGAGAGCCAAGCUAUAUUGAAGUGGGAGGCUUGUGAUCAGAUCUUUUGACAUCUUCAUCUGCCUUGGAAAGCAAUUAAAAGUCUUUAAUUUUUGGAGCAAGAUUUGCUGAGACGGAAGUUAAUCAUGUUCGCUUGCGUAACUUCCUCAUUCAAACUUGCAAUUCCCAAACUGCUGUUAGGCUUGAGAUUGAUUAAAUGUACAAGCCCUUCCCUUGUCACACAGAGGGGCAAAUGCAGCUUUGGAGGACCAAUUAAUUUGCCCCUUGGCCAAGAGCACAGUAAAAACGAGUUCCAAAAACAGACGCCCUGGAGCUCCUGCGACUUAACCCAAAGUCCUGAUCCACUUUCCAUAUGGACUCUCUCGUAGGUGGUCUUCCAUGACUUGGAGCCCUGGGCCCACCCAGUACUGUACUUGUGCCUUCAUGAUGCUCUCCUUAGCAGGCCUUUUUCAGUCCUGCUUAAUGCUGGGAUCAAGAAGUUUCUAGUCUUAUCUGUCAAGAGUGCAAAUCUUCCAUCUCUUCCCCACAGUUAUUUCCAGCCCCGUGCUGUACUUUCGGAACAGGUGGCUCCAUUUUAUUGUUCACUUGUGGUACCUCAUGCUGGUAUGGCAUUGUACUGGCAAUACCGAAACUACUCUUACUGCGUUAAUUGUUAAGUACUGACUCAUCAUUGCUGUGGUACAGAAGGAGAUGGCGUGAAUCCAUCCAUGGUUCCACCACAAAUGCGCGAACGACAAAAGCGCGCCUGACUAAACUGUGGCGCUAAAACCACGCCAA